AUGGAACUCUCUACAGAUCAGAGACUGGCAAACACAGAACAGUUUUGCUACCCAUCAGUUAAUGGAUCUUGUCCUAAAGAUAUUUAUUCAACGACAACUUGGAUUCUGCUCUACAUUUUGUUUGUGGCUGGGAUGCUGGUUACAAUAUUUGGCAACAUGGUGGUCAUGAUUUCCAUCUCUCACUUCAAGCAGCUGCACACACCGACAAACAUGCUUGUGCUGUCACUGGCCCUUGCAGAUUUCCUUCUGGGGGUAUGUGUGAUGCCAUUCAGCAUGAUCAGAUCUGUCGAAACCUGUUGGUAUUUUGGAGAUGUGUUCUGCCUACUGCACUCCAGCUUUGACAUGUUUUUGACUUCAGUUUCCAUUUUCCAUCUGAUAUCCAUUGCUGUUGACCGCUAUUAUGCUGUAUGUGAUCCACUGCAUUAUUCUUCCAAAAUUACCAUACCUAUAGCUUGGCUGAUGGUUGCAAUAAGCUGGGUGAUUUCAGCAAUAUACACAUACAGCCUGCUUUAUUCAAAGGCAAACAUACAGGGGCUAGAAGAGUACAUAUCCUCUGUAUCUUGUGAAGGAAACUGUGUUCUUUGGUUCAAUAGAUUAUGGGGAACAUUGGACACAUUAAUAGCCUUUUUCAUGCCUUGUUCUGUAAUGUUGGGCUUGUACGCCAAGAUCUUUGUAGUGGCUAGAAGACAUGUGAAGCAAAUUGAGUCAAUGACUGACCAAAUGUAUUCUGCUGAAGAGAAAAAAAACAAAAUGUCUCAAAGAUCGGAGAGAAAAGCAGCAAAGACUUUAGCCAUUGUAAUGGGUGCCUUCAUCCUUUGUUGGCUGCCUUUCUUUGUUAACUCUGUUGUUGAUCCAUAUGUUGAAUUUUCUACCCCUCCAAUUCUUUUUGAUGCCUUUGUAUGGUUAGGCUACUUUAAUUCUACUUUUAAUCCAAUCAUUUAUGGUUUCUUUUAUCCUUGGUUUCAGAAAGCACUGAAAUUGAUUGUUACCUGUAAAAUAUUUAGCCAGGAUUCUUCAAGCAUGAAUUUAUUCCCUGAUCAUGUUUAA